AUGCCAAGACCUACCACGAUGAGGUUGACAGUUUUUGUAUUUGUGCUGUUUGUAUGCUGUGUAUAUGGUAAUGAAUUCCGAGGUCUCCGUAAAGUACUUGCAUCAGCUACAGGGAGUCAUGCAAGAAGGGCCGGAACGUCCUCAAGGGCAGCGGGAGGGUCCGCAGCGGCAUCUGCAGCGGCAUCAGCAGGUGUCAGUGCCGCCCUUACGGCAGUCAACCCGGUGCUCGGAGCAGCAUCAGUAUUCCUUGCUCCAUUAACUGAUGGAAUUGUGCAAUUAGAAAAACAGUUCAUGUCCUAUCUUAGUGAAAAUCUACUGGGAAAACAUCCAUUUCACACUGUCCUAGGACGAGGUGUGAGAAUCCAUGCUACAGCCAACGGUGUGACGAUACAAGACGUGGCUAGCGGGAUAGUAGUUGUAGGAACAGGAGCUACUGUUGAGGAGGCAAUCAGUAUGGCGACACAGAAGUACGUGACGACCUUAUUAGAGAUGGGAUUCAUCAGCAAAGACGACUUGCAUUUGGCACCAAUCCUCACCACCACUGAAGUGCCGUGUGGGGACAAUUAUCCGAAGUCGUACUGUGAAGAUCAGAAACGAUUGGGUUUCUGUUCCCCUGUUAGUGCCUACGCCACAUUCAUGUCUCAGAAUUGUUAUGCAACGUGUAGGGGAGGAUGCUGA